UUCGCGGAACUGGCACUGUUUAACGUCCCUCCAAAACCCGGCCGACUUGUUCGUUGCCCUCACACAACUCGAUCUCACCCAACAACUAACUUUCAUCUUCCCACACUUUUGAGGGAACCUCGAUCGACCAUGGAGGACGACCCGGAGAGCGGAGGACGGCGGGGUAGCAAUGGCUCUUCUUCGUCCUUUGUGAGGGUACCACUCACGGUACAGGAUCUCGAUGUCGAAGACGCCGAAAGUCAUGUGUUUGCCGCGGUGGAAUCCAGGCAUCACAGAGGUUCGACGGCAUCCUCUAUUCUUGUACAAGACGGCAAUAAUAAUGACGAGUCCAAACUUUUUCGAGCUCUCUCCUCGUCUUCUUCCGUCAAACAACAACCACAACAGACAGACAGAGCUCGACUCGAGCAAGUGGCUGAGCGUGUCAAACGCAUGAAUCGAGUCAAGGCCGUCGCGGCACUCAAGAGGAAACGACGGCAAUCGUCGGCACGCAAUCUACUCUUGGAUAUCCAAGAAGAGGACGAUACGGAAGCCAUUCUCAAUAUCACAACACCAGCAGCAACAACAGAUCAUCAUACCAACAAUCAUCCGCAUGAAACAGAUGGACUCAUGAAAGACACUAUUAAGGAGAAUCCCUACGCUGCUGACUUUGAUCAUCAUUUGUUAAAGGCCAAAUUGUCGAGCAGCAGCGACGAUGAGGAGGAGGAAUCCAAUAGACAACAACAACAACAAGUGCCACUGAUCCCUCUACCAAUGCGACGACAUGUUCGAGCACAGUCAGUGCCCCUAGUCUUUGCCACAAACAGUUUUCACAACAUUAGUGGUUCCCAAAAGAGACCCUCCUUGUAUGAGACGAGACCCUCCUUGCCUCUCCAUGAACCCCCAUUUCAGCGACACCCAGCAUCCGAAGGCUAUAUUGCGACGGGUCAUGACGGAUUCCUCGAUAGUAUUCACAUCAACCCCAGCUUUACCAGCAACAAUUCAUCUGUGGUGGGAACCACCACCAACAACAACAAUGAUGGCAAUGGACGACGACAUUCCAAACUAGACACGGUCCUCGAAGGAUAUUAUUCUCCCUGUUGUGGCAAUCCGGCUCGUGUCAAGCAUUUCUUUCCUCGAUGGAUGCGGGAAGUGGGCGCCAUGUGUCAUCCCUACCGUGUCGCCACCAACUGUCAUGAUAUCUUGGUGCGCUCCUUUUUCCUCUGGGUGGGAGUACCGUGUCUGCUCGCGUCGGCGGUCUUUUAUUAUCUGCUCGACAAUCCAGUCGUCACGUUUCUACCGGGCAAUAUCACGGCGGCAUGGUGGCUGCUCUUUGCCACUCGACAGACGGUGACAUUGGGCAUUGCGCGAUUGACCGUUUAUGUGCUCGUCGAUGGGUUCAUGCUCGGUACGCGGUUGGCCGUUCAGACGCUCGGGCCACUCCUGACGUUGAUUGCGGCCACCGGCAAAGGAUGGCCUCUCAUUCUGUCCACGUGGGGUGUUUGGAACUUGGUGCUCAUGCACGGGGACCAUUCCUUUCAGAGAAAUUGGAUGUAUUGGACAAGAAUGGGACUCUUUAAUCAGCAUUACGAAGGACUCAUGUUGAACAGCGGCUUGUAUACGCGGGUGCUGCUGUCGGCCGUGUUGGGAGGACUUGCAG